CAAAACUAAACCACCCGAAGUUGGUUUAAAAAAUGUUGAAAUACAAGCUCAGGCAGAUAAUAUACCACUUGAAGUUAAUGCCAUUAAACCAGGAAUUAAACCAAGUGGAGUAGAAGUCAAUAAACCAGAUGAGAGUAAAUCAAACUCUCAGAACAACUCAAGAGCGGGCCCUGAGGGUGAACUGGUUGAGCAUAAUAUUUCAAGAGUUGACCGAGGUGAGGCUGAGGGAAAGGCUGACCACGAUAAAUUUGUUUACAAUGGUCACUACGCCCUCAACGAGAUGCUCAGAGACAAGCCUGUGGUGAAGGUACUGUUGUUGACAUACCAGCGAGCAGGUUCAUCCUACACUGGAGAGUUGUUGACGUCAGGUGAAGGAGCCCUGUAUGUGUUUGAACCCUUAUUUGCGUGGAGGAAAAUCUUAGGUGUUGGGGUUGACCCGAAAUUGGAAGAAAAUUCAGCCAAGGUCCUGGGCGAUCUGUUGGACUGUCAGCCAGAGGUCAUCAACACCUGGAGGAGAAAAGGCUUCUACUACUUCAGGAAGAAACCGGAGGGCGUGAUAGACUUCUGCCGUGACGCCCACCUCCGUCUCCUCAAGUCAAUUAGAGCCAGGGCGCACUUCGUUAAGCCCUGGAUCACCCGGAGGCCAGAUAUCAAGGUAGUUCAUCUGGUGCGUGACCCGCGUGGGAUUCUCAAUUCAGUGAAGAAGGGAGGCCGACUCUGGAGUAACAACAACCGUAACGUCGCCCUCCAGUGUGCCAACAUCGAGAACGACCUUCUACUUGAAGACCUCGGCCCAAGCAGGUAUCUACGAGUUCGCUACGAGGACUUGGUUGAAUAUCCUGCAGAGGAGACCAGACGCAUCUUCACCUUCAUGGGCGUUAACAUGACCUCGAAUGUGUUAACCUACCUGCAGAAACAUUCAGGCCUGGGAGAAAUUCCAUCUAUGCGGCAGAAGUAUCUGAACACAUACCGAGACUCCCAGUACCGGCACGAUCACUGGAAGUCCCAAAUGGAUAACCGGGAAGUGGAGUAUAUUGAGCACGUGUGUGGCAAGGUAAUGCAGCGGCUCCACUACCACCCUCUGCGUCCAACUUGACCGACUCCCUCCUCCCUCCCAUCUGCCUGACCUCUGCCGCCUCUCUUUAAUUAUUUACGUUUCAUUCUCGGGCAAUAUCUGUCAUUCACAUAUGUGUGUUCAGGUAUACUUACAUAUUUCUUUGGAUAUAUAUUUCUUUGUAACCGCUGACGGACACAUAUAUAAUUGUUUACUGAUAUCAUGAAUACAUACACUUAGUGCAGCAACCGAGACCUGUAAUGACGUUCUCUUUACGCUGCAGUUUUACAGUAGCAGCAGUCGAUGACAUCUUGAACCGUCACUUGUAAAUUAUCUUAUAUUGAGUAUUGUUAUUAUUAAAGAUUAUCAACGUGA